UGUUCCUCUCUGCUCGCUCCCAUCUCAUACCGCCCUUUGCCUGCCUGCCUAGACGUACAGGAGCUUAAGACCUGCAUCUCACGGAAUACUUGAUCAGAUCUAGUCGGUUCUGUUGCUUGGAAAGCCAAAAUGACGAGGUUACUCUGGAUAGCGGUAUUAGGACUUGUCCUACCUUUGGUACUUUCACAAAGUGUGGAACAAGAAGACGAUCUGUGUAAAGACGUGAAAUGCAAGAAGCCCCGAGGUUCCUGGUGUCAGGUGGUCGAGGUGGACGGUAGCCCUAAAGCAACCUGUGUUUGCCCCAAGACCUGCCCAGGUGACCAAGGCAGUCCCGUCUGCAGUGUGUUCGGAAAGCAGUAUGACAGCGCAUGUGAGCUCCACAAAUACGCGUGCAAGAGGAGGAAGACUAUUCCCAUGGCCUUCGACAAGCCUUGUAUUGCCUCACAGAAAGCUUGUACGACGGAUGAAUUUCUGCAGUUCCCGUCCCGUCUCCUCGAAUGGUUCAUGCAUCUGAAGGAGAAGAACGAGUUUGGAAGGAUAGAUCCUAACAGGCGCAUUACAUUGGUCGAUAAUGCUUUAAGGAUGCAGGUUGCUAUGUGGAAGUUCGACUCUCUGGAUAGGAACAACGAUAGGGAGUUGGACAAGGCUGAACUGCUGAAGUUCCGCUACUCUCUGAUGCCUCUGGAGCACUGUGCUGCUCCCUUCUUCACCCGAUGCGCCAAGAGAAUACAAGGAACAGACACGAAGAAGAUUAGCGUAGCUGAAUGGUCAGGUUGUCUAAAUGUUAAUAUUGGUCCAGCACCAGAGUCCGAGGCGGAACCAGCUCAGAACCAAGAGGAACCCGUGGUCGAAGAGGAGGAGGAGGACGUUGAGGAAGAAGAGGAAGACGAUGCACCAGAAGCUGUAUAAGCUCUUUUUUAGAAACCCACAACCAACUCAUUUUAAAGUGAAUUUCAUGACAAACCCAGCCAGAAGAUUCAGAACUGUUUGACGACAUCCUGCGACAUUACCACGAUAAAACCCAAGACGUUAAUAAAAUUAAUGAGUUUCUUUUUCUUAUCUUUUUUAUACUUGAAUGAAGUUAAUACUCCAUCUUGGGGGCAUUGGGAUGUAUCAUAAUUUUGGAAAUCAACUCAAUAAAUUAUACUCAAGACUCGUUACUUUUGUAAUGUUUAUAUGUUAAUGGCAUCAACAUCAGAUCUUAGGGACCUUUUCGUCACGAAUAAUUUGCCAAUUUUAAGUCAAAACAGAAGAUAUAGACAAUAUAUUUCUUCACCGCCAUCAUGAUUAUCAUCUAGACAUAGUCCUGGUAGACAGACAGCCCGUGGUACCGGCAAUGUCGGGCUGAUGAACCCUUAGAAAUGGUGUCUGAAGACCCGCAAGUCCAACAUUGUCGGUCUAGUAGGCUGAAUCCAUUAGUAUAAGUAUAGCCCUGAGCAUAAUUAUUGUAUUUUUAUCAAAUGAGAAAAAAAAAGAAUAGACACCUAUUAGUCCCGGUGAUCAGUUUUGCCUAUGAAUGUAUUUUUGACAUUGAUUUCAUUACAUCCAAUCUCAGAUAUGUAUUUAGAACAUUCUCGAAAUUUUGCCUUAAGUAAUGACCUAAAAUUCUAAACUAUGUAUAAACUAUCAUAAGAAGCAGGCAGAUUUGCUCACUUGUGAGGUCUAAUCUUUAGAAUUUUUUGUUUUCAAUCCGUAAUUUGUUAAGCAGUACUUACUACAGGGCUUGUAUAGAAAAGACGUUAGAUUAUGCUACUCAUGAGAAGAAGAAAAAUGUGUGUUUAUUUAUAAGUGCAUGUAUUUAUAGUAAGUUAAUUUUCAUCAGUUUUCAAAAAGGAUAUUUAGAAUAUUGCUGCCACUUAUGUAAAUGUUUCAUUUUUUUCUCCCUGCUAAUUUAAUCGAUGAUAAAGUGCCUGAUUAGUGAACCGAAUAAUCCUUACUUGUUUUAUAUAUUUACAUCUCAAAGAGAGA